AUGAGGGCAAGUACAUCUGUUCGGAGUGUAAAGUACUUCAAAACCAGAUCACAGCUCCCUAUGCACGAAAGACAACAAAGAGGGGAGAAACCGUUUGAAUGCACAGAGUGUGGAAGGAGAUUCAGUGAGAGAGGGACUCUUAAGAGGCAUCAGAGAAUCCACACAGGGGAGAGACCUUUUGAAUGCUCAGAGUGUGGUAAGAGAUUCAGUCACAGUUGCAGUCUUCAAAGUCAUCAGAGAACCCACACCGGGGAGAAACCUUUUGAAUGCUCAGAGUGUGGAAAGAGAUUCAGUCAGAGUAGCAAACUUCAAAAUCAUCAGAGAACCCACACCGGGGAGAAACCUUUUGAAUGCUCAGAGUGUGGAAAGAGAUUCAGUCGGAGUGGCACUCUUCAAAGUCAUCAGAGAACCCACACCGGGGAGAGACCAUUUGAAUGCUCAGAGUGUGGAAAGAGAUUCAGUCGGAGUGGCCAUCUUCAAAGUCAUCAGAGAACCCACACAGGGGAGAAACAUUUUGAAUGCUCAGAGUGUGAAAAGAGAUUCACUGAAAGUGGCACUCUUCAAAGUCAUCAGAGAACCCACUCCGGGGAGAAACAUUUUGAAUGCUCAGAGUGUGGAAAGAGAUUCAGUCAGAGUGCCCAUCUUCAAUGCCAUCAGAGAACCCACACAGGGGAGAGACCUUUUGAAUGCUCAGAGUGUGGAAAGAGAUUCACUGUCAGUAGCCAUCUUCACAUGCAUCAGAGAACCCACACCGGGGAGAGACCAUUUGAAUGCUCAGAGUGUGGAAAGAGAUUCAGUCAGAGUGCCCAUCUUCAAUGCCAUCAGAGAACCCACACAGGGGAGAGACCUUUUGAAUGCUCAGAGUGUGGAAAGAGAUUCAGUCAGAGUGGCAGUCUUCAAAGUCAUCAGAGAACCCACACCAGGGAGAAACCUUUUGAAUGCUCAGAGUGUGGAAAGAGAUUCAGUCAGAGUAGCAAACUUCAAAAUCAUCAGAGAACCCACACAGGGGAGAAACCAUUUGAAUGCUCAGAGUGUGGAAAGAGAUUCACUGUCAGUAGCCAUCUUCACAUGCAUCAGAGAACCCACACCGGGGAGAGACCAUUUGAAUGCUCAGAGUGUGGAAAGAGAUUCAGUCGGAGUGGCACUCUUCAAAGUCAUCAGAGAACCCACACCGGGGAGAGACCUUUUGAAUGCUCAGAGUGUGGAAAGAGAUUCAGUCACAGUUGCAGUCUUCAAAGUCAUCAGAGAACCCACACCGGGGAGAAACCUUUUGAAUGCUCAGAGUGUGGAAAGAGAUUCAGUCAGAGUAGCAAACUUCAAAAUCAUCAGAGAACCCACACCGGGGAGAAACCUUUUGAAUGCUCAGAGUGUGGAAAGAGAUUCAGUCGGAGUGGUACUCUUCAAAGUCAUCAGAGAACCCACACUGGGGAGAGACCAUUUGAAUGCUCAGAGUGUGGAAAGAGAUUCAGUCGGAGUGGCACUCUUCAAAGUCAUCAGAGAACCCACACCGGGGAGAGACCUUUUGAAUGCUCAGAGUGUGGAAAGAGAUUCAGUCACAGUUGCAGUCUUCAAAGUCAUCAGAGAACCCACACCGGGGAGAAACCUUUUGAAUGCUCAGAGUGUGGAAAGAGAUUCAGUCAGAGUAGCAAACUUCAAAAUCAUCAGAGAACCCACACCGGGGAGAAACCUUUUGAAUGCUCAGAGUGUGGAAAGAGAUUCAGUCAGAGUGGUACUCUUCAAAGUCAUCAGAGAACCCACACCGGGGAGAGACCAUUUGAAUGCUCAGAGUGUGGAAAGAGAUUCAGUCAGAGUGGCCCUCUUCAAGGGCAUCAGAGAACCCACACAGGGGAGAGACCUUUUGAAUGCUCAGAGUGUGGAAAGAGAUUCAGUUGGAGUGGCCAUCUUCAAAGUCAUCAGAGAACCCACACCGGGGAGAAACCUUAUGAAUGCUCAGAGUGUGGAAAGAGAUUCAGUCGGAGUGGCCAUCUUCAAAGUCAUCAGAGAACCCACACAGGGGAGAGACCUUUUGAAUGCUCAGAGUGUGGAAAGAGAUUUACUUACAGUGGCAGUCUUCACAAACAUCAGAGAACCCACACAGGGGAGAAUCCUUUUGAAUGCUCAGAGUGUGGAAAGAGAUUCACUGACAGUGACACUCUUCAAAGUCAUCAGAGAACCCACACCGGGGAGUGACCAUUUGAAUGCUCAGAAUCCCAGGACAAUCAGAGCAAUGAGGAGGGUGAGGAACUGGAUCAGCAGUUGCCAGAUCGAGUUAAAAAUGUGGACUUGAAAAAAAACAUCAGGAAUCCAGGAAGACCUAAGAGAAAGAAAGGCAGCCAUACAGCUGAGAAGAGAGAUAGAAGACGACAUAAUGCACGUUUUCCAAAGCAGAGGAUAAUGAGGGCAAACAAGCAUCAGAGAAUCCACAAAGGAGACAGACCUUUGGACUGUUUAGAGAGUGAAAAGAGAUUCAGUCAGAGUGGCCAUCUUCAAAGUCAUCAGAGAACCUACACAGGGGAGAGACCUUUUGAAUGCUCAGAAUGUGGAAAGAGGUUCAGUGAGAGACGGAAACUUCAGAUGCAUCAGAGAACCCACACAGGGGAGAGACCUUUUGAAUGCUCAGAGUGUGGAAAGAGAUUCACUGACAGUAGCAGUCUUCAAAGUCAUCAGAGAACCCACACAGGAGAGAAACCUUUUGUAUGCUCAGAGUGUGGAAAGAGAUUCAAUCAGAGUGGCCAUCUUCAAAGUCAUCAGACAACCCACACAGGAGAGAGACCUUUUGAAUGCUCAGAGUGUGGAAAGAGAUUCAGUCACAGUGGCCAUCUUCAAAGUCAUCAGACAACCCACACAGGAGAGAGACCUUUUGAAUGCUCAGUGUGUGGAAAGAGAUUCACUGUCAGUAGCAGUCUUCACAGGCAUCAGAGAACCCACACAGGGGAGAGACCUUUUGAAUGCUCAGAGUGUGGAAAGAGAUUCACUGACAGUAGCAGUCUUCAAAGUCAUCAGAGAACCCACACAGGGGAGAAACCAUUUGAAUGCUCAGAGUGUGGAAAGAGAUUCACUGUCAGUAGCCAUCUUCACAUGCAUCAGAGAACCCACAUAGGGGAGAAACCUUUUGAAUGCUCAGAGUGUGGAAAGAGAUUCACUGACAGUAGCAGUCUUCAAAGUCAUCAGAGAACCCACACAGGGGACAGACCUUUUGAAUGCUCAGAGUGUGGAAAGAGAUUCAGUCAGAGCAUCCAUUUUCUUCAUCAGAGAACCCACACAGGGGAGAGACCUUUUGAAUGCUCAGAGUGUGGAAAGAGAUUCAGUCAGAGCAGCCAUUUUCAAAGUCAUCAGAGAACCCACACAGGGGAGAGACCUUUUGAAUGCUCAGAGUGUGGAAAGAGAUUCAGUCAGAGUGGCCAUCUUCAAAGUCAUCAGACAACCCACACAGGAGAGAGACCUUUUGAAUGCUCAGAGUGUGGAAAGAGAUUCACUGUCAGUAGCAGUCUUCACAGGCAUCAGAGAACCCACACAGGGGAGAGACCUUUUGAAUGCUCAGAGUGUGGAAAGAGAUUCACUGACAGUAGCAGUCUUCAAAGUCAUCAGAGAACCCACACAGGGGAGAAACCAUUUGAAUGCUCAGAGUGUGGAAAGAGAUUCACUGUCAGUAGCCAUCUUCACAUGCAUCAGAGAACCCACAUAGGGGAGAAACCUUUUGAAUGCUCAGAGUGUGGAAAGAGAUUCAGUCAGAGUGGCCAUCUUCAAAGUCAUCAGAGAACCCACACAGGGGAGAGACCUUUUGAAUGCUCAGAGUGUGGAAAGAGAUUCACUGACAGUAGCAGUCUUCAAAGUCAUCAGAGAACCCACACAGGGGACAGACCUUUUGAAUGCUCAGAGUGUGGAAAGAGAUUCAGUCAGAGCAGCCAUUUUCAAAGUCAUCAGAGAACCCACACAGGGGAGAGACCUUUUGAAUGCUCAGAGUGUGGAAAGAGAUUCAGUCAGAGUGGCCAUCUUCAAAGUCAUCAGAGAACCCACACAGGGGAGAGACCUUUUGAAUGCUCAGAGUGUGGAAAGAGAUUCACUCACAGUGGCAGUCUUCAAAGUCAUCAGAGAACCCACACAGGGGAGAGACCUUUUGAAUGCUCAGAGUGUGGACAGAGAUUCAGUCGGAGUGGCAGUCUUCAAAGUCAUCAGAGAACCCACACAGGGGAGAGACCUUUUGAAUGCUCAGAGUGUGGACAGAGAUUCAGUCGGAGUGGCAGUCUUCGAAGUCAUCAGAGAACCCACACAGGGGAGAGACCUUUUGAAUGCUCAGAGUGUGGACAGAGAUUCAGUCGGAGUGGCAAUCUUCAAACUCAUCAGAGAACCCACACAGGGGAGAGACCUUUUGAAUGCUCAGAGUGUGGAAAGAGAUUCAGUCAGCGUGACCAUAUUCAAUGGCAUCAGAGAAUGCACACUGGGGAGAGACCUUUUGAAUGCUCAGAGUGUGGGAAGAGAUUCAGUCAGAGUGGCCAUCUUCAAAGACAUCAGAGAAACCAUAUGGGGAGACAUGUUGAAUGCUCAGAGUGUGGAAAGAGAUUCACUGAAAGUAGCCAUCUUCACAGGCAUCAGAGAACCCACACAGGGGAGAAACCUUUUGAAUGCUCAGAGUGUGGAAAGAGAUUCAGUCACAGUGAGAAUCUUCAAAGUCAUCAGAGAACCCACACAGGGGAGAGACCUUUUGAAUGCUCAGAGUGUGGAAAGAGAUUCAGUCAGAGUUGCCAUCUUCAAAGUCAUCAGAGAACCCACACAGGGGAGAGACCUUUUGAAUGCUCAGAGUGUGGAUAGAGAUUCACUGACAGUGGCAAUCUUCAA